UUUCCGGAGUUCCUCACUCACAUCCUGUACAUGCAUCAUGAUCACGUCACCGCCGGGCAUAGGGGCCAAAGGAAGACCUACAAGGCCCUCAGCAAGCGUUACUAUUGGCCCGGCAUGCGUACUUACACCAACGCGUGGAGCCAUGUCAGUCUAGAUUUCAUCACCGACUUACCCCUCACCUCCUCUGGGCACGACGCAAUUCUGGUCGUUGUUGAUUCUCUCAGCAAGAUGGCGCACUUUAUUCCGGCCAAGAAGUCCCUCUCAGCCGCUGACACUGUAGAGCUCCUUGCUGACCGCCUCAUCCGCUACCAUGGCUUCCCCGAAGUCCUCAUUUCCGACAGGGAUCCUCGUUUCCAAUCGGAAGUGUGGUCACAAUUAUGCUCACGUUUCAAUAUUACCCGGGCGAUGUCUUCUUCUUACCACCCGCAGACGGAUGGCCAGACCGAGCGAGUCAACCGCACCCUUGAACAGAUGCUCCGCACGUACAUCCAGGCAGACGAAAGGGAGUGGGAAGGCCUGCUGCCUGCUUUGGAGCUAGCGUAUAACACCACCAGUCAUUCCUCUACUGAGCUUUCCCCUUUCGAAAUCAUGAUUGGGGAGAAUCCCUUAACCGCGGCGGACCUAGAAAUUGUUGGUGCUUUGGCUCCUACGCUCACUCCCCCUAUAACGAAACUUUUCCAGCGGCUCUGUGACCGCGCGCGGAGUCACAUCCUGCAGGCAAAGUGGCGUCAGAAAUACUACGCCGACGCCCGCCGCAGGGCUGUGGAAUAUAAGGUGGGCGACCAAGUCUGGCUUAAUGCCAAACACUUGCCUGCUCUUAACCAUUGUUCUAAGUUUGAACCCAGAUACCGAGGACCCUUCACAGUGACUGAACGCAUUGGCACGGUAGCUUACCGUCUUGCUCUGCCCCCCACAUACGAGGGACACAAUGUUUUCCAUGUUUCACAAUUGGUUCCCCAUCACCCCCGUGAUCCCGCUUUGGUUCCACGCGAAGCUCCAGUUGGCUGGCCUCCAACACGCGAUGACGCCGGCAACCCUACGGACCAGUAUCUUGUCGACUAUAUCAUGGACCAAAGAGGGACGGGAGAGGAAGCACAAUAUCUUGUUAAGUGGAGGGGCGCCCCCGAAGAACGGGCCACAUGGGAACCCGCUCACCAUUUGGCAGGGUGCCCCGCCUUACUCCGGGCCUGGCGACGCAGCCAGCGCAGACGCCUUCUAUCCUGA